AUGUCUUCCUUCUUCACAGUCCCAGGAGCACAAAAGAAGAGGAAGAGGCUUUCCGGUCCCGAUGCACCCAAGAAGAGGGUAGCACCGACCAACUCUUCGAGGUCGAAACUCGGCAAACCGUCAUCAUCACGAGGCGGUCCUCCCCUCAAGAAGAACAGCAGCAGCGGCACCAGCAGCAGCAAGAAAGCCGGUGGCAAAGCCGCCAAGGACGACGAAGAUGACGAGUCGAUCUCCGGCAGUGACUCGGACGACCUUGACGACGCUCGCCAACAAGAUGGCUCGGACGACGACAACGGCGAAUCGUCGUCGGAAGACGGACGAGUGACGGAGGGGCAGGACGAGGAGGAGACGGCGGCAGAGCGGAGACUACGUCUGGCGGAGCGGUACCUGGAGAACAUAAAGGAGCACGUCGACGAGGCCGGGUUCGACGCAGCCGACAUCGACCGCGACCUGAUCGCCGAGCGGUUACAGGAGGACAUGGCCGAGAGCAAGGGUCGGGUGUACCGACAGCUGGCGUCGUCGCUGGCCCUGGACCGGGCGUCGCGCACCUUCUUCCGCAGCAACUCGCGGGCCGUGACGUCGAUAUCGACCUGCGGCCCCUACGUGUACACGGCCUCCAAGGACAUGUGCCUGCACAAGUGGCGUACGCAGGACCUGCCGCAGGACCAGUUCCCGCAGACGACGCGGCGGAAGCCCGCGGGGCCGGACGCCCCGGCGCGCCGCCGCCCGACGCUCGAGACCUGGGUCAAGGGCGACCGCGGCAAGGCCAGGGACCGCGGCUACAAGAGGCACGUGGGGCCCAUCCUGGCCGUGGCGGCCUCCCCGGACGGGCAGUACGUCGUGACGGGCGGCGAGGACCGGCGGCUGAUCGUGUGGGACGCCGCCACGCUGCGACCGCUCAAGGUGCUCUCGCAGCACCGCGACGCCGUCACCGGCCUGGCCUUCCGCCGCGGCACCAACCAGCUGUAUUCGUGCUCCAGGGACCGCACCGUCAAGGUCUGGUCGCUCGACGAGAUGGCCUACGUCGAGACCCUGUUCGGCCACCAGGACCACGUGGUCGACAUCGACGCCUUGGCCCAGGAGCGCUGCGUCAGCGUCGGCGCCCGCGACCGCACCGCCCGCCUCUGGAAGGUCGCGGAGGAGACCCAGCUCGUCUUCCGCGGCGGCAGCACCACCGCCCCCAAGGCCAGCGCCCACCCGGCCGUCGCCGCCGUCGCGGACCCCCGCUCCCUCCUCGGCGAGGGCAGCAUGGACCGCAUCGCCAUGAUCGACGACGACCUCUUCGUCACCGGCGGCGACAACGGCUCCCUCGCCCUCUGGAGCGUCCAGAAGAAGAAGCCGGUCUACAUCGAGCCCCUCGCCCACGGCCUCGACCCCGCCCUCCGCCCAGAGCAGGCCUCCGCCGACAAGAAUCCCAAGCCCGACGUCGUCCCCGCGCCCACCCCCCGCUGGGUCACCGCCAUCCGCGCCAUCCCCUACUCCGACGUCUUCUUCACCGGCAGCUGGGACGGAUACCACCGUCUCGGUCGGUGGAGGACCUGGAAGAAAGCUCGCAACGGUGGUGUCAUCUUUGAGGUGCCCCGCUCUCGCGAGCUCUCCGAUGACGGGUCGGAGCAUGGAGAUGAGGAUGAGGAUGAGGGUGAUGAUGAUGAGGAAGAGGAGGAGGAAUAA